AUGAACGGUCGAGAUCGCGAACGAAUCUUGUCAACUCGCUGCAAUCUCGCUACCGAGCUCCUCGAGAACGGAUAUCGCGUGUUACCGAGAUUCGAAAUGAUUAUGUUUUCGAAUCGGACGGUUCAGAUUGAGGAGAGCGAAGAGCCCGUGCGGCUGAGAUCUGUUGGGACCCACAGCGCGUCACAUCAUCAGCUCGUCGCAUGCAAGCGGUUAAGAUCUGUGAGUUGUACGGUCGAGAUUCACGCAGAAAAAUCGGAUUCUUUGCGAUCUCUUCAGCAAUUAGAUAACUCCAAGUUCUUGAAAAUUAUCGAACCUUUGCAAAAUUUCGAGCGUUUUAGGUUGUUUCGAUUUCGAAUUUCUCCAAAACCUCCUUCAACCUCUUUUUCCUCCGUCUCCUCCUCCGAUUACAAUGCCUCCGAAGAAUCGUCAAGCAAGAGAAGGGAAAGGCCGUCGACCCCGGUGGCGACGGGAAGUUACGCCGCACGCCGAGACGGCGCUCGACGCCGAAGCCUAGACACCUUCCGUCAGGAUUUCGGGAUCCCGGACGAGAUCGAGCUCGUCCUGCCGGCUGAGGGCGAGGACCCGGAGCAUGUUCGUCCGGGGUUUUGCUGCGCCUACACGUCGUAUUGGCGGAGCGCCGGGAUGAUUUUCCCGGUCCCUCGUUUUCUGAUGGAAGCGCUCGCUCAUUACAAGAUGGCGUUUCCACAGAUGCACCCGAGCUUCGUCCGCCACGUGAUAGGAUGUGCGGCUCCCGGGUCGUUUUACUCCUCGCCGAGGCCGAAUCGGCGAAUAUUCACGAACACCCCGCAGAGGGAUAGCGGGUGGAGUGACGAGAUGUUCUUCUUCCGGGUCAGCGAGGCCACGAUGGGCGACUUCGACUUUGGUCGAAUCCGAACGGAGUGGGCGACUAGCGUUGUUGUAGAUCCAGUACCGAACAACCCGGGGAUUGAUUACCUCGUCGAGCGACUCGGAAGGGAAAAGGUGAACUGGAGUACUUUUACUCCGGAACGGAUCCGUCGAGUUCUCAGCUCUCCUCCUGCUCCUCCUCCAGCUGAUCUUCCGGUUAGAUCGGCGCAAGAUUCUAGCUCCGCUUCUUCUGUUCCUCCUCUCACGCAGAUCGAAAAUGCCUCGUCGUCAGCCUCUCAGAUCCCGGACCGCAAAGGGUGCCAAGGCGCUUCCUCGGGUGGAAGUCGAGUUCGUGCCGGCGAGUUCGUAACGGCGGUGGAGGAGGCUAUGGCUUCGAAGCCCACGGCGGGGUCUUCUGCCCUUGCCGACCAGGUGGUUGACCAGGUCGACGCGACCGCUGAAGGAGAGAUCGUUCCUCUCCCGAGUACGGUUCAUGUGAGCUCCGAUCGGACUCGGAGUUCGGAUCAAGGUCACUCGAGGCAGGCGCCGAAGCGAGCUCGGAGUGACGAUGGAGAGACUCGUUCUCGCGAGGGCGGCCCGACUGCCUCGAACGGGAGCGGGGGAAAGCCGCCGUUUUACUGGCAGUACGAGAAUUCCAGAGGCUUCCCCGUUCAGGACGACGAGGAGGGAACAGCUCGCAUUCAGCUCCACUUCAAGCCCGUCGGAUGCCGGCUCCCGUCCCUGAACCAGAUGUCUGAGAAGGAGCUCUACAUCGCGACGUGCGCUGCGAGCGGGAGGGCUGUGGCAGCUCGUAACAUGUUGGUGUCCCGCCUGGAGUCGAGGAUCAGAGAUGCGCCUCAGCAGAAAGAGCUCGAUCAGGUGAAGGAGCUCGUUGCCAAGUUGACCUCCGAUCUCUCUGCGGCGAACGAGCGGGUAGCUCGUCAGGGUGAGCUCUUGAAGAAACACACCUCGCAGGAGGGUCGUGUGAAAGAGCUCGAGACCAGGGAGGCCGAUCUCUUGCGCCAGCUGUCCCAGAAUCAGGAGCAGAUGGCGGCUUUGCAGAAGGAGAGCUCGAGUGCGCUGACGCAGUCGCUUCGCCUUAGCCGGGAGAACCAGGUACUCGUCGCCGAGAAGGACAACGUAGCUCGCCGUGCCAACCGCGCAGGUCGGAGGGAGAUGGUCGCGAAGCAUCGGGAAGUGCUUGAAUCGGCUAAGGCAAAGUUCGAGGAGAAGAGGGUGGAAGGUGAGAAGGAGGGCGAUCAGAUCGAACUCCAAUCCAACAUCGAUCUCCUUACGUCGCUGAUCUCCGGUGCGAUCAACCAGGAGGAAGAGCUCGCCAGGUUGAAGGGGCUCGAGGAUGAGGUGGCCGAAGCAGCCAAGGCGGCCCAAGUCUCCGAUUUCUCGAUCGGGAAGUUUAACCUUCCCGUGGUUUCGGAGGACUCGGUCGCGCGCAUGGAGAUCGACCCAUCGACGAGCAUCCCGGUUGGCUUGAACCCGUUCGGGACGAAUGCCGAAGAGAAGGGAAGCAACGAGGAGGAAGAGAAGGAAGAUGAAGAGAUGACCGUCGAGGACUGA